AUGAUUCAUCUCAUUAGCCUAUUUUUAUUCUAUUUGUCGAUAUGUCUAGCAAACACGGAAACUUAUCUCUUGAGCAUUCCGCAUUAUUAUAACAUACCCAAACCAACAAACCGAAUCACCUCGGGGUACCCACGUGAUAUUCAACAUUUAAACACCACUCAUUCUGUAUUGCUACAGUACCAUAUUGGGUCAAUACGAGAUCAAAUACCAUUUGCUCAUAACAAAUAUACCAUUUCAAAUACAAAUGCAAAUACAAUUGUUAUACCUUAUGAUACUACUUUGCCAGUGCAAAAGACGCUAUUGGUUAAAAUCAACAAUUAUAGCGAUUCCAUUAUUGAAAGCAACGAUUUGUUGUUUAUAAAGCUAUGUUGGCCUGCUACUCUGGCCUAUGAUUUUCGACUAUCUCAUGAAUAUAUAAAGACAAAUGAAUUAUUGGGAAUUGAUAGAGAGUCUAAAUCAUUGGGAAUUGAUAGAGAGUCUAAAUCAUUGGGAGAUAAUGAUAUCGAGUCCAAGGAUUUAGAUUUGUACUUGCGUAUUGAUUAUCAGUUCUUUGGUGUUACUUAUAAUAGGGACAAGUUUUUACACAGUGAAGAUGAAUUAAAGUUUCAGUUGUAUAUCAAUAAAUUACCACUCAAUUGGUUACCGAUCCCUUUAGAGUUAUACGAUUUAAUUAUAUACUUGGUUGAUAUAUUUAUAAUACUUGUCACCCAAUUGGGAUAUAUCAGAAGCUUACUAAAUAUAUAA